AUGCCCAAAUUCUGGAAUAUCAACAAGUUGCUCAAAAAGAAAAAUAAGACCAACCAAACCAAUAUUGUUAUAUUGCUUACCCCGCCUAACUCUUCUAAAAAAGCUGAAGCCGAGUAUGAUUCUGAUUUCGAAAGGAAGUGCGCUGAAAAACUGAACCUUGGGGAUACACCGGAAGAUCUUGUUCUUAAAAGUUUUGCCAAAAAAUUGAGCCUUGAAAAUAUUGCUGAAAAUAAAGAGGAACUUAAGAAAUUCUAUGACUAUGCUCAUCCUGAUUUCGCCUGGCAUCCCACAUUUGAAUUUAAUGAGCGUCUAAUAAUCUUCGAUUACAUUGUUAAUCCAGAUUGGGGCUCGGCUGGAAAAGAGCUUGUAACCAAUACAAUCGCUUAUCGUAAACUUCUCGAAUCUAAGAGUCUCGAUGCAUCAAAAGGAACACAUAUAUUACUCAUUAACGGGCAAAUAGUUCGUUAUGGAAAUGAAAUAUCAUCUGAAUGUUAUGAUCAACUUGAUAAAGAAAAUCCCGGAAUGUUUUACGCGCCCAUCGUUGAACCACCACCCCUUGUAAUUCGCGGAGUAUCUGCUACUGUUGAUUCAGUGAAGAAGGAAUGGCAGGUCCAUAUUUGUCUUCGGAAUGCGGUGAAUGCUUUAGAUGAAGUGAUUAUGGAAAAUAACGAGGAUGGUUUCCGAAUGAUCAUGGAUACUGGGUCAACAAUGACCAUUAUACCAUAUUCUUUAAGGCAACGAUUACAUAGUUCCCGUGAAGGUUGGAAAUCGACUUUUAUUAAACUUUCUGGAUAUGGUGAAAAUACAAAUGUUUACAAAGCUUCGAGGCCUUGGCUUAUUUGUUUAGGUGAUGGAGUUAACUGGACAAAAUGGGUAAAGACCGAUGAAAUAUAUUCAUGGCAAUGUCGUACAUCUUGUGAUAUUGAUUGUGGUUUGGUAGGAUUUGACGUUUUAAAUAGUAUCCCGCAUUAUAAACGAAUUGGAAGACCCUAUAAGUUUCUGGAAAAUGACGAUAUCUUUGAUCAAUUUGAACUAAACUUGUAA